AUGAGAGCGUGUCCCACCCUUCUGAUAGUUGCAGGGGGAAUCUCUGUUGCGCUCGGGGCUCUUCAUGGCGAGCGCGAUGAUUCAGAAGCACAGGCGCCCCUCCAGCUAGAGACUCCCAACGACGAGGAUUGGGACGUAGAGCCCGACGUAGACGCGACAGGCCACCUCAUCUUUAACUCCGUGAGCUCUUUGCUGCAGCGCUGGCCAAAUACGGUCGUCCGCCCAGGCCACUCCAUCGUGCCUUCCAUCAUCCCCACCGGCACCGUUCUCUAUCACGGCCGACCAUCCUCAGCAUUUCCCUCUAAGCCCGACUGGCUAGCUUUCGACUUCGAACACUCGUAUUUCUUCGCACACGGCGAUGAAGGCCACGUCCUUACGUUCGCUACGACGCGUCCUCUGAAGUUGUUGUACUUUGACGGGUCGAGCGCGGCGAAAGUUAGUGAUGGGUCGCUCGACUCUCAGGAGGUGGUGAUGUAUGGAGAGGUUAAGGGUGGCGGUGGGGGAUGGGGAGGUGGAGAAGGCGAGAAGAUCACGAAGUUGUGUGAGUGGGGGAGGCCGUUAGGUAUAGACGGUUUCGUACGGAUGGAAGUUCAUUUUGAAGUCAUGCAAUGUAACUUCACCGACGGUCUCGAGCUGUUAUCGGCUAGCAAGAUCUUGCCUCACAACAGCGGCUUUGGCCUUCUUCCCGAGCACUUCAUACGCAACUCUUCCACUCUAGACGACGACAACAAACCUCCUCGUCGCGGUCCAGGGCGUCGCAUUCCUACACCGCCACCACCAGGCUGGCGGGGCGCUUUACCCUCUGACGCCGGUGGAGAAGUCCGCGUUGCGGGAAAAUGGCAUGACUUCGCGCCCGGAGAAACGCGCGUACAUCCCUUGUACCACAAAUUCACCACGUUCUACGAUCCGGUACUGUCGAGCUUGGUUCAGGAGCGCCGUGGGAAGCCGCGCGAGCAACACCGGUUGAAGGAGAUCUCGAAGCAAGACGCGGCGUUGAAGAUCAGCGAGCUCGAGGAGGUCAUCAAAGGCUGGGAUGGAAGUGAAGAUGGAGGGAGCGGCGUUGAUUGGGACAGCGUGACGCAUGUCGUCGUCGAGCGCUAUUCGCAGCGCUUGGAGUUGCUCGCGCAUACGCUCGCGAACGCGUCGUACUCCGAUGUUCGAGAACGAGCGGCGAAGGCGCGGGCACAAGUCCUCACGAUGCUGGCACCGUACUUCACUGUGGACGAUGUACCUUUGGACAACACUGCUACCGCGAACAAGAGUUGGCUCGCACCGGUCGUGCGACGCUGUGCUACAACACAUACGGCAGGUGUACCCGCCAUGUUGCUCACACAGCAAGAACGUCUCAUAUACGACGCGGUACAAGACGUCAUGACAGAGAUAUGCCGUCGGCUCGGGAGAAUAUUCCACGCCGCAUUCGACGUCGAGAACGACAUGUUGGAGCAGGAGCGCGUGUUGAGUGUACUGGAGUUCAUGAAGGCGGAGGUGGAGGGGUUGAUAGGAUGGCUCGAUUGGACGCAAGCGUGGGUCAAAUGUCGACCCGGAUGUGCCGUUGAUGAAAUGUGUGUUGUCCCUACUUGGCCGUUCGGGAGGGAUGAGGAUCCGGAUGGCACGAGGAAGCCGCGGGCUACUGGUAGGCGUAGAGGCUCAAGGCAUCUACAUUCUACAAAAACGGCCACAAAGCGCUCUGUGUUACCGCGCCCGGCCCGCGCUUCCUCAAAGUACCUAAUCGGCCUACAGUAA